AUGGGUGUAAUAAAUACUGAAACGAUUUCUCGGACAAGAUUGAGGGGAGGUCGUCACCAAGAUCAUUUCGAUAUCGUGCCAAUUCCAGUACUGGAUGCUACUACUGGUAAUAUUGACAUUCAAACUCGUAUCACCUUCCUAUUCGAUAAACAAUUAGACUUGACACACAUAAAAGAGGCUUGGUAUCAAUUAGUCGAAGCAUGGCCUUUCCUAUCAGCCCAGGUACGGGAAUGCAAAGAAGCACAGAGUGGAUUAGCAUAUCAUAUACCUAAAGAAGACGUUCUCAAAGAACAUUCUCCUCUAGAAGCAUUUUUACCAAAGAAUCAAAGACAAUUCCUUUCAAUCGAUUGCAGUAAUCGUUCGCUUCAAUCUUAUUGGCCAGGAGGCGCUGAUCGUUUACAGGGAGACUUGAGUGAAACACCUUUCAUUUGCGAUUCCCCUUCUAGCCAAGAAGAACAAGAUAUGACAUCACAUAAUGCUAUCAGAACAUUUGAUGAAUUGAUAAAGUCGGAUAGACCUAUCUUCACUGCUCAAGCAACUCUGUUUAGUGAUGCAACUAUGAUCAGUCUCUCUUUUGCACAUAUCAUUGGAGACGGAUUUUGCAUCAAGAAUAUCUUUACAGCAUGGACUGAUGUCAUUCGAGGUGUUCAGCCGCCUCCUCAACCAGCAAUUUUGAGAGAUAAUUUUGCCUCUAUCGAUGUGAAUGCAAAGCCAAAUCUUCCUUUACGCUACCGUUUAUUGGGAUUGAGAGAUAAAGUGAAACUGAUGGCGAAUAUGUUGUACGAUUUGCAGUUCGGUAGACCGGAGAAAUCCAUGCAAGCCAAAUACAUUCACCUGCCCGGAACAUACGUCAGUCAACUACAAAAGGAGGCGAAUGAGUACCUUCAAAGCUCUCCUGCAAAUCCUCCAAAUCAUUUCGUCAGCCGAUCGGAUAUCGUUCUAGCCUUUAUUGUCAAAAAUAUCGCCGCAACAAACGACCCUUCCAAGAGCUUAACACCAAUCACGAUUGCCAAUGCAAGAGGCAAAAAGGUGACUGGAAUUAAUCUAGACUUUUCACAUGCUUUGGGAGGAUGUGCAGUUGCUUUACCGCUUACCGGAAUGCCAGCAGGUGAAUUGGUAAAAAUGCCUUUGGCUGAAUUAGCCUCUCAAAUUCAUCAAGAUAUCGUUCAACAAACUUCUUCCGAUAAUUUGCGUGAUCUUUUCGCAUUUAAUCUUCAUCAUUUUUCUUGGAAAAGGGUUCAUGGACCUGAUGCAAAACAAGCAAAAGCAAAAUCUGACGGAAAGAUGCCUUUCUUUUGUACGCCAAACGGACGUUUUUGUGGCUUGACGGAUUGGCGUGCUUUGGGCUUUGGACAGGUAAAUUUUAAAGGUGCAGCUUUAUCAGGAGAAUGUGAAUCGGCAAAAGUGAAAGCGAUCAAUACGCAUAUGAUCACUCCUUUUUCUACUAGAGAUCGAUUUGCAUGCUUGGGUGAUUUGGACGGUAGUGUUUGGUUAUACGGUGUUUUGAGUAAGGCGGAGUGGGAACAUAAAGAUGGUUUUGGAAGACUUGCAAAAGUGAGUAGAAAUACAGAGAAAGCACCAGUUCCCGUUCAAUCAGAGAUCUUGUCAAGCAGAUUGUAA